CAAGUACAGCCGGUUUCGUCGCCUAUCGGGCCUCAGUAUUAAUUUUGUUUCUAUCAUGGACGGUCGCGUUGUCGCUGCAGCAGCGUUUGUGGUAUUGAGUGGCUGCAUAAGAAGAAUUAAAUCUCAUCAAGCUCAGAAGGCAAAAAGAAAAAGAUGGUGGAUGACUUCUUUGAACAGAAGUCGAGAGAGGUACAAUGCCUCCAUAAUGAUAGAGGACCUGAUUCGAGAACCGUCAGGAAUGCUAGAUAAUUUCCUGUGA